UGCGUUCAGAAACCCUAAAGCUCCCAACUUUCUCUGCAACGAAGAAAUUCACCUGCUUUCUCUUCUCCCUAAAAGACCUAAUCCUCUUCGGUGACUUGUUUUCUGUUCCUUCAAUCUCCCUAGUUUGUUUUUGCCUAAUAUGAAGCUAAACCCAUUAAAGAUAAAGGCUAUAUUCAUAUUUGAUUUUUAUCAAUGGAUCCGAGGAAUUCGAGUGCGUGGGGUGGGGAAGAUGAUCUCUCCCUUGUCUCAUCUAUGGGAAGUGAUGAAUCUAAGAAUAGAUGUUGUGUGAUUGACGGCGUUGGCUCUGUUGGUACGAAGCUAUGUGAGAAACCUAAUGUGGAGAAAACUGUAGCUCAACCCUCUGCAGAUGGGGCUGGUGACAAGGACGGAGAAGAAAAGACUGUUGAGUCUUCUACAGCGAAGAAAAAGAAAAAGAAGAAGGACAAGGGCAAGAAAGCAGAUGCUUCUGUAGCUAAUUCUUCUGUGGAGGCUAAGGAGGAUAAACUAGAGAAUUCAAUAUCUGAGCCCAAGAAGAAAGAUGUAAAGGUUAAAGUAGCCGAGAAGAAAGUUCCUAAACAUGUUCGAGAGAUGCGAGAGAUUAUUGCGCGGAGGAAAGAAGCUGAAGAGAGGAAGAAGAAGGAAGAAGAAGAGAGACUGAGGAAAGAGGAAGAGGAGCGCCGCAUAGAGGAAGAGCGAGAAAGGGAAGCUGAAGAGAUUAGGCAGAAGAGAAAGAUAAGGAAAAUGGAGAAGAAGCAAGAAGGCCUGAUUCUAACAGCAAAGCAAAAGCGUGAAGCUGCUAAGAAUGAGGCUUUCAGAAAAAGGGUGUUGACUGAUGCUGGAAGUCUUCUUGUUGCAGAUAAAAACGGUGAUUCCUCAAAACGUCCCAUAUAUGGCAACAAAAACAAAUCAGCUUGCAAAAAAGCAAACGAUUCUGCUUCUGUCCAGAUGAAAGGUGAUGUAGGAACAAAGGAAAAUCAUGCAGCUGAUGAACCAGGUACUUUGCAUGACUUGGUUUCAGUUGACGACAAAAGGGUUGGUAUAAUCGAAUCAGAAGAGGCACAUGAAUCUGUUGAUGUAUCGCAAGAGAAUGGUGAUGAGGAAGAUGUGUGGGAUGCAAAAACUAAUUUUACCAUCAAGGGUGAUUCUGAUGAUGAGGAGGAAAAAACUCAGCAUGUGUUUAAGAAUGAACUAAACGACACUGCAUCAAAGGCACAUGAUUCAGGUCAUGGCGCAAAUAGACCAACAGUGAAGCCUGGAGUUGCUGGCAAGCCAAAAACAGAUGCCAAACAAGCUAUGCCUAAGGUGGAUGGUGCUACCUGGCCGAAAGAUACUUCUAAAAAGGGUGAAGGCUUAGUACUGAAUGAAGUUGCUGAAGAAGUAGAAGAAAGUCUUCGCUCUCCCAUUUGCUGCAUCAUGGGUCAUGUUGAUUCUGGUAAAACAAAGUUGUUGGAUUGCAUCAGAGGAACAAAUGUUCAGGAAGGUGAAGCUGGAGGUAUUACUCAACAGAUUGGUGCAACAUAUUUCCCUGCAGAAAACAUCCGUGAGAGGACCAAGGAGUUAAAUGCUGAUGCUAAACUCAAGGUGCCAGGUCUAUUGGUUAUCGAUACACCUGGACACGAGCCAUUCACAAAUCUGCGGUCAAGGGGUUCAAAUUUGUGUGACCUUGCAAUUCUAGUGGUUGACAUAAUGCGUGGUCUAGAGCCACAAACCUUAGAAUCUCUGAAUCUUUUGAGAAGAAGGAAUGUAAAGUUCAUUGUUGCCUUGAAUAAGGUGGAUAGGCUAUAUGGGUGGAAAAAAAGCAAGAAUGCUCCUCUAAUGAAGACAAUGAAGCAACAAUUGGGAUAUGUGGUUGAUGAAUUUAACAAGAGAGUAGAACAAGUUAAAACCCAGUUCCAAGAACAAGGACUCAAUAGUAUGCUUAAUUACGAAAACAGAGAAAUGGGAGAAACUAUCAGUAUUAUACCUACUAGCGCUAUUAGUGGGGAAGGGAUCCCAGAUCUUUUGCUGUUGUUAGUUCAAUGGGCUCAGAAAACAAUGGUGGAGAAACUCACAUAUGUUGAAAAAGUGCAGUGUACCGUCCUUGAGGUCAAAGUUGUUGAAGGCCAUGGUAUUACAGUUGAUGUUGUUUUGGUCAACGGUGUACUCCGUGAAGGUGACCAAAUCGUUGUUUGUGGGUCACAGGGACCAAUUGUAACAACUAUUAGAUCAUUAUUGACUCCUUAUCCUAUGAACGAGACGCGGGUGAAGGGUACAUAUAUGGCACACAGAGAAGUAAAGGCUGCGCAGUGUAUCAAAAUUGCAGCACAGGGUCUUGAACACGCCAUUGCUGGUACUGCCUUGCAUGUGAUUGGACCUAAUGAGGACAUGGAAGAAGCCAAGAAAAAUGUCAUGGAAGAUAUUGAAUCAGUUAUGAAACGCAUUGACAAAAGUGGUGAAGGAGUUUAUGUACAAGCAUCUACAUUAGGGUCCUUGGAAGCAUUGCUUGAGUUCUUGAAGUCCUCAGAUGUAAAAGUACCUGUCAGUGGUUUUGGCAUAGGACCUGUGCAUAAGAAGGAUAUCAUGAAGGCCGGGAUAAUGCUAGAGAAGAAAGAAGAGUUUGCAACGAUUUUGGCCUUUGAUGUGAAAAUAACUGCAGAAGCUCGGGAACUUGCAGGCAAAAUGGGAGUAAAAAUCUUCUGCGAUGAUACCAUCUAUCGUCUCUUCAAUAAGUUUAAGAGUUACAUCGAGGGUAUCAUAGAGGAGAAAAAGAAAGAAACAGCUUGUGAAGUAGUUUUCCCAUGUGUCCUUCAGAUUUUACCAAACCAUAUCUACAAUAAGGACCCAAUCAUCCUUGGAGUAAAAGUCAAUGAUGGAAUACUCAAGGUUGGAACUCCCAUUUGCAUUCUCAAAAGGAUUAAGAAAGUAAGAGUGAUUAUGAACAUUGGGCGCGUUGCAUCUAUUAAAAAUAAAAACAAGGAGCCAGUUGAUAAUGCAAGGAAAGGACAGGAAGUGGCUAUUAAGAUCAUUGCUUCUAACCCAGAAAAACAGAAAAAAUUUGGGAAGCACUUUGGUAUAGAGGACAGGCUUAUCAGUCACAUUUCUAGGCGAUCCAUUGACGUACUCAGAACUUACUAUUGGGAGGAGUUAUCUGACGACGAGAAGAGUCUUUCCUUCGGAUUUAGACAACAUCUCCGUGAGUCUCUGCGAGAUUCUUCGGCUCUCAAAGUUUCUUAUCUCGUGGAUUCUUGUGGACUGUCUUUGGAAUCUGCUAAAUCGAAUUCCAGAUUCGUCAAAUUGGUUUCGUCCAAGAAACCAGACUCUGUUCUUGCUCUCUUCAAAGACCAUGGCUUCACCACUGACCAGAUCACCAGUGUCAUCAAAUCCUUUCCUCGUGUUCUGUCACUGAGCCCGGAGGAUGUAAUCUCGCCCAAGCUCAUGUUUUUCAAUUCCAUCGGGUUUUCGACCUUUGAUACUGCGAAAAUGAUCUCUUCUUGCCCGAAAAUGCUGUCAUAUAGCUUGACCAAAAGAUUGAUCCCUUGCUAUGAUUCCCUCAAGAGCAUACUUGUUGAGGAAGAAAACGUUGUCAAGUGUCUCAAGCGCGGGUACAGAUGUUUCUCUUUUAAGAUUACGCAUUGUGUGUCUCCUCGUGUCUCCAUUUUAAGAGAGCUUGGAGUUCCUGACAAAAGCAUCAAGUGGUUGGUUCAAGCGUCUCCAUUCACUUUUUUCUCUCUUGAGAGAAGAUUCAACGAGCUCUUAAACAGAGUUUGCAGCUACGGUUUUGACCCCAAAAAGGCGGUUUUUGUUCACGCUAUGGUAGCCUUUGAUUGCACGAGUGAAUCAACAAUGGAACGGAAACUUAAGUUGUUCCAACGUUUUGGUUGGUCUAAAGAAGAUUUCGUCGCAGCAAUCAUGAGAUUCCCAAACUGUGCGAUGGUUUCAGAUGAGAAGAUACUGUACACGAUGGAAUACCUUGUAAACAACAUUGGCCUGCAGGCUCGUGACAUUGUUGCAAGACCAGUGGUGUUAGGCCUGAGCAUGGAGAAAAGAAUCAAACCAAGGAACCAGGUCAUCUCUUUGCUUCUCUCCAAAGGACUUGUGAAGAAGGAAGACAUCAACUAUUUCACUAUACUAAAGCUGAAAAGCUCUGAGUUCAUGGAUAAGUUUGUGCUGAAACAUCAGAAUGAGAUGCCACAACUUUUACAAGCAUGUAAUCGAUGAGUCUAAAAUAGAUUGCGGUUUUGCCAGAUUUCGCGAGUUUGUUCUAUUAGAGAAGUGAGAACACAACACUACUGCUGAUAACACAUUUUCUUGUAUCCGAUCAUGUUUUGAUGAAUGUUGUUGUGACAUUUAGUUUGACAUCAUAAAAAGAUUUACCUAUA